AUGUUUCCUCUAGUUUAUGGUCUACUUCCCAACAAGAAGCAGAUAACAUACCACCGGUUCGUCAGCCAUGUGAGAUACUUUGCUGCUGCAAACAACAAAAUCAUCUCACCCAUGUUUGUAUUUACGGACUUUGAGGUAGCAGCACAAAAUGCAGUGUCUAGUGUUUUCCCAGGUGUGACCAUGAAGGGUUGCUUUUUCCAUUACAGCCAGGCUGUUUGGAAUAAUGUGCAGAAAUAUGGACUUUCCCACCGCUUUGCAGACGACCCUAGUGUAACUCAACUUGUGCGCCAUGCCAUUGCCCUUCUCCUAGAGCCCCUCGACAAAGUCAGUGACAUGUGGUUGUACGCCCUCGACUCAUCACCAGCAGAUCCAUCAACUGAACGGUUCGGGGACUGCGUGACAACUUACUGGGUUUAA